CGUUUCAGAGCAUUUGUCCUACGCGGUUGCCGUCCGGAUCUGUUCUUGGAAUAACAGGAACCUGCAGAAUUAAAUGAAUGUAUAACAAGCGUGAGAUUUAUAUAGAAUGGGAUUUAACUAACCGCGAGAAAUAUUGCCUAAUAUUACACACUCUUCCGAUGAAGCCCCAUGAAGCCAUCAGCCCGUGUGUCUCAGCAUGGUGAAGGAGUCAGCCUUAUGGCACAGCCUGUCAGGAUCAUAUACAGCCAGACUCACUCAUGGCCAGAGUGAACAAGUCCUUGGUGCUGCUGCUGCUCAUCACAGCCAGCUCCAUAUUUCUCCUGUUUCAGCUCUAUUACUACAGACAGCACUCAAAUAAGCAUGGACUACAAGUUCCGAGCGGUAAAGGUUACCCAACAGGGAAGGAAGCACAAUGGCAUUUAGUGAAAAAGUUCCUGGCUCUGGUCCGUAAGUUCAACCUGCCCGUGUUUCUGGUGGACACGACGUCUCUGAGCCUGCUUUCCCAGGAUGCCGUUCUGCUCAAGGACAGCCAGAUGAAGGAGCCUCACUGCACCUUUCUGUGCACACACAGGGACUUUGUCACCUUCGGCCUGUUCGGAAACCUCUGGAAGUACGACGCUGCCCUGCUGGAGGCUGCAGAGGAACGCGGUAUGGAAGUGCUGGAGAUCAAGGGAAAAGACCCCAGGCUGAUCAGCAUGGACGACCUGUCAGGACGCGACAUCCCUCUUCACCUGCUGUUCCGCUUUAACGGCCGCGUGGUGCAUGUAGUCGUGCUGUACGAACGAAGCGGCAACUACCUGUGGCACGGGCCGCUCAGGAUCCGAGGCAGCGCGGACCGCAAAUUCGCUCCGUUCAGGAACCUGGAGUUCGGCCGCUACGCCGGAGCUUACAGCAGGCCAGAACUUAUUCUGACCACUCUGGAUGGGCUUGAUGUGCGGAUCCCAAAAAACUUCUCUCACUUCCAGGGCGAACAUUCCAAUAGCCGCUUCCUGGAGUGCAGAUAUCGAGAGGCAGCCGCCUUUUACCAGUUGUAUCCAGACGACACGUCACCAGACGCCAUGGACUUCAGGAUGAAGGCAAAGAGUCUGCUUCACCUCGCCUCUCGGGUCCUCGGUGCGCUCGAGGUUCCGUUCUGGCUGAGCAGUGGUACGUGUCUCGGUUGGUUUCGGCAGUGUAACAUCAUUCCCUACAGUAAAGAUGUAGACCUGGGCAUCUGGAUCAAAGAUUACAAGCAUGACAUCACACAGGCAUUUCAGAAGGCUGGACUGUCCCUCAAACAUAAGUUUGGAAAGAUAGAAGACAGCCUCGAGCUCUCUUUUCAAGGCCUGGAUGUAAAACUGGACAUCUUUUUUUUCUACGAGGACGGCGACAUCGUUUGGAACGGAGGCACACAGGCGAAGAGCGGAAAGAAAUUCAAGUACGUGUUCCCUCGGUUCGGCCUGUGCUGGACGGAGCUGCUGGAGCUGAAGGUCCGAGUGCCCUGUGAGACUUUGGACUACGUUACUGCAAACUACGGGCCGGAUUGGAACGUUCCAGUCAAGACCUGGGAUUGGAAGAGCUCACCUCCAAACGUGCAGGAGAACGGCGUGUGGCCCAUCAAGGAGUGGGACGACGUCAUCCUGGUUAACUGAGGCGGCUGGGAAGUCUAUUCAUCACUAGUGUGUAGUGUAGAAAUGCCACAGCAGUAUCCCAAAAAAAAAAAAAAUACUCCAUGGCUUUACCAGGACAUAACCAGAUCAGAAAACACUGUAUUAUUUCCACACUGUUUUGAAAAACUCAUUAAAUAAUAACCGAUUAAUUUAAACCUUAA